AUGGCUGCACCUCCCCGACUCACCGAUCUCGCGCCUUCUCCCGCUAGCCUGGCUUUGACCCCAAUCAAUUCCGCCCCACCAGAGGUCCUUGAACAAAUCUUGAAAUACGCCGUUCAGUCCCUUCUUACCCGUCAUGACCAACCUCGGACGAAUCAUCGCGAUCUUCACUCGUUCAGCCUUGUUUGCAAGAAAUGGUACCGUCUUAUCCACGGUACGUCCUCGUUCUGGACGGACAUCAACUCUCUCCACCCGCCGUGGGUCUUGAACAUCCUUCUAUCCCGGGCUGGAGCUUUUGUGCCCCUCGAUAUCCACGGCUACUCUGUUAAACCCGGGAGGACCCUCUAUAGCUAUCGCCGGCUUUCUCAAGAACUCCACCGCACUCGGUCCCUUCAUCAGCAUCUUGACGCAGAAGAGUGGACGAGUAUGCAAGCUAUCCUUUUUCACGAGCUCCCUUUGCUGGAGGCGCUCUCGAUAACUUUGUCACGAUCCAGAGUCGUACAACCUACCGUCUGCCAAGCCACGAAGCGAAACGCUCGGGUUCCAUCUAGGAAAGGCAACUUCGGCUUGGAGAUCUACCCAUGCCGUGAACUUGAAGAAACAAUAGGCACCUAUGUCAUACAGCAACUAGAGCAAAGCUAG